UUGAGAAUUGCCCAUUCACUAUUGGGAAGUGAACUCUUUCUCUCUCUCACUCUCUCUGUCGCGCGGAGUGAAGAAAAAAUUUGCAGAACUCCACAACUCUAGCCUCGCGUCCACGAAUCCAGCACACGGCACACAUGCGCUCCGACACCACCAUUAACAGUCCCUGCUUUCUGUAAACCGGAUUUUGGCUUCAGCUGUUCUGAUAGUUGUUGGAUCUUUUCCUGGAGCAUUGUUGAUGUUGCUUCUCCUGAAUGGGCGUAAACCUGAACUGAUAAAGAUUACUGGAACUAGCGAAGGAGUUAUUUUCACACGUCGAAAUUUAUUCUAAGAGACCUUCAAAUCGUCUCUCUCGUUACAACUCUCCGCAUGAUCUUAUUCAAAUGCUACAAAGUACUGCACCAAUGGAGAUACUUCGCAGAGCAUCGGCCACCUUAUAUAUUUUCAUUUUUACAGCAUUGUUUCUCAUCGUUGGGUGCUCAAGUAUGUCGAGACGAGCCCAUGAGCAAGGAGAUAUUCCCGUCCUUGGAUGCAGAGUUCGAUUCUCAUUUAUAUGCCGGGAUGCUCCAGCAAUGCAUAAAAAGUAACGAGCCUGCGAAAGGAAAAAUCCUUCACUGCCACGCCCUGAAGAGAGGAAACUGUUUAGACUUAUUUGCUCGCAACAUUUUGUUAAAUUUGUACUUGAAAACGGGGCUUUUGUCAGAUGGAGUUACGUUGUUUGAUGAAAUGCCUGACAGAAAUGUUGUUUCCUUUGCUACUAUGCUUCAGGGCUUUGCACUAUUAGAAGAAUAUGAUAAAGCAGUUGACUUGUUUUUCAGGUUGCGUAAGGAGGGUCAUGAGCUUAAUCCAUUUGUCUUCACCACGAUUUUGAAGUUGCUUGUAAGCAUGGAUUGGGUAGAAUUGGGAUGGUGCAUUCAUGCUUAUAUUCAUAAGCUUGGCCAUGAUACUAAUGCCUUUGUUGGGACAGCUCUUAUUGAUGCUUAUUCAGUUUGUGGGUUUGUGAAUGCCGCUAAGGAAGUGUUCAAGGGGAUUGUUGAAAAGGAUAUGGUUUGUUGGACUGGGAUGGUGGCUUGUUAUGCUGAGAAUGAUUGUUUUGAGGAGGCAUUAGAUCUCUUUAAUCUGAUGAGGAUGGAAGCUCUACUGCCAAAUAAUUUUACUUUUGCAAGUGUCAUUAAGGCUUGUCUUGGCUUAAAGACUUGUUAUGAGAUGGAUCCCUAUGUGGGUGUUUCAUUGCUUGACCUGUACACUAGGUCGGGGGACAUUGAGGAUGCUAGGCAAGUUUUUGAGGAGGUACCUAAAGAUGAUGUUGUCCCAUGGAGUUUCAUGAUUGCUCGGUACUCACAGAGUGACUAUUGUGAGGAGGCCCUGGAUAUGUUUCUCCAAAUGAGGAAAGCAUGGGUAUGUCCUAACCAAUUCACUUUGGCUAGUGUCCUUCAAGCUUGUGCUACAAUAGGGUGCCUGGUAUUGGGAAUGCAGAUCCACUGCCAUGUGCUCAAGGUUGGUCUUGAUCUGAAUAUAUAUGUUUUGAAUGCCCUCAUGGAUGUGUAUGCUAAAUGUGGAAAGAUGGAGGCUUCAAUGAAUUUGUUUGUGGAAUCAAAAAACAAAAAUGAGGUGUCAUGGAAUACAAUGAUAGUUGGGCAUGUUCAAAUAGGAGAUGCAGAGAAGGCCUUCUUACUGUUCAUAAAUAUGUGUGAGGAGCAAGUGCAAGCAACUGAGGUAACAUACUCCAGCUUGCUUCGUGCUUCUGCCAGUUUGGCAGCUUUGGAGGCUGGCAUUCAGAUACAUACAAUGACUAUCAAAACUCUGUAUGAUGGAGAUGAUGCUGUCAGCAAUGCUCUAAUUGAUAUGUAUGCGAAGUGUGGACGAAUUAGGGAUGCUCGUUUGGUUUUUGAGACAAUGAAUGAGCGAGAUGUUGUUUCCUGGAACUCGAUGAUCUCAGCAUACUCAAUGCAUGGUCUUGGUGCUGAGGCUCUGAAAAUCUUUGAGAGUAUGCGGGAAACUGAAAUCACACCUAAUCAACUGACAUUUGUUGCUGUGCUUUCAGCAUGCAGCAACACAGGAUCAUUAGACCAAGGGCAAUCUUAUUUCACUACCAUGCAAGAGGACUAUGGUAUUGAACCUUGCAUGGAGCACUAUACUUGUAUGGUGUCACUUCUGGGGAGAUUAGGUCAUCUUGACAGGGCUGUAAAGAUGAUAGACGAAAUUCCAGAUGAGCCUAGUGUUAUGGUAUGGCGUGCUUUACUUGGGGCUUGCGUUGCGCACAAAAACAUUGAGCUUGGAAGAUUUGCUGCUGAGCAUGUGCUUGAAAUGGAACCUCAAGAUGAAUCAACUUAUGUGCUAUUAUCAAACAUAUAUGCAACCGCAAAAAAUUGGGAUAAUGUUGCAUUUGUUAGGAAAAGCAUGCGGAAGAAACGAGUAAAGAAGGAACCAGGACUUAGUUGGAUUGAAAACCAGGGAAUGGUGCACUAUUUUGCUGUUGGAGACGAUUCACACCCAGAUAACAAAUUAAUUCAUGGGAUGCUGGAAUGGUUGAACUUCAGAAGCAGAAUGUUAGGUUAUGCUCCUAAUCAUGAUGCUGUUUUGCUUGAUGUGGAAGAGGAUGAAAAGGCACGUCUCUUGUGGCUACACAGUGAAAGAAUAGCUUUAGCUUUUGCUCUUCUUAGAAUGCCUAUUGGAAGCCCCAUCCUCAUAAUUAAAAAUCUCCGUGUAUGUGCCGACUGUCAUGUUGCAAUUAAGGUUGUAUCAAAGUUGGUACGGAGAGAAAUUGUUAUUAGAGAUAUAAACCGGUUUCAUCACUUCGAAGAUGGUGUUUGCUCUUGCAAUGAUUACUGGUGAUACCUUAACAAGUUGUGCAGAGUUCUUCAACACAAUUGCCAUUUUUGAACUCCAUUGUCCCUUUGUUGGCAAGCUACUUUCAAAAACUUCCUGUUGAAUGGUCUUCUGCAGCAAUAUUACUUGAUACGUAUUUUGGGGGAGAUUGAUUGGAUUGUUGAAGAUUAACACUACUAUUCAGUAAAUGAUAUUACUUGUAAUACCUAUGGUCUUGUAUGGUUAAUCCAUGUGGAAGGUUUCAAAUUACUCCUUUUUUUCCUCAGUGGACAGAAGUUUCAGCAGUAACAGUGAUUGGACGAGUCAUUUCAAAAAGAGGAUCCACCCCCUACAACAGGGUUAUCUGAGAAGAUAGGAAACUUGCAGCAUCAAGCCUCCCGUGGCUUGGACACAUUGAGAAGUGCCUCGGGUGUUGCAAGAGGAUUGCCUUGGAUUGCAUUCUCCAAUAACAUUACUGUAUCUCAUGUCCCAACCAUUUAACAAUCAAUGUCAUUUCCUGUUCACGGCGCAUACCUGAUCAUCUUGUGGAGGAAGAUCUGAAAGCAUCCAACUCUGUUGGAUCUAACAAGGGAUGGAGCAUAUGGAUGCAACAGAAGCAGUCGGCACUUACUGGUUGUAGCUUCGAUGCAUUGAUUAGUUAAAGCACACUAUCAAAUUCUUUACAGGAUGUACUUUUUGAAAUUUAGUUUGCAAACACUAUCAAGCCUCCACUGGCAAGUGUACUAUCGUUCCUGCACUAGGAAGCUUGUGGGGUACCAAAUCAGGUCCAUCUCUCCACUUCUAUUGCAGAGCUUGCCUGGAGACAUAUAAGACUAAACGAAACGGGCAGUAGCCCACUUCUUUAUUCCUGAAAGAUUGAUAUCUGGAAAAGUGAUAUAGUUGGUCUCCUUUUAAUCUGGGUGAGGCUGGGCCCUUAAAUCCUUUCAUGUUUGCUGUUGUACAAAGAGUGUUGGAAUGAUAUUCUGCAGAUGAAUGUAAAAAGUAGAGCUGAUUGAAACAAAAGCACCAUGUAUAUGCAUGUGACUAUCAGUCUUUCACAGAGGUACUGUUCUCCUUCUUUGUAACGAUGUGGUGAACAGAAUUGGACGUUGGUUACAAUCAUUCUGUCAACCCACCAUAGCCCCAACGCUCGUUGGUUCUGCGAUCCCAUGGUAAUCGUGCUCCUGAAAAGACAUGGGAUGACCUGAGUAACUGGAAAACAUUGAAAGAAAUACUAAUGGAUUCAUCCAGACUUUUUACUUGGCACCAUCACUACUUUUGAAGCAUUAUGUAGAUAUGUGAAUUGAAAUCACAAGUACAUAUUUCAGCCUA